GUUUCCCCCUUGGCUGAUGCAAGGUUGCCUCAUUACGGACUCUAAACGCCAGUUUGACUUUGAGUAUAAAUAGAAGGUCACAGCUCUAGGGGUAGCUCUGCGGAAGGAGACAGCAAAUAGGAGACAACUGGAGGGGCUUUUCCAGGGAGCUCUUUAGUGUGGGCCUCAGGCCGAAGGACAGAGAGCAGGCACGCCAGAAGGGACACUGGGGUUGACACCCACCGUCUCCUUUCGCCCAGCUCAUUAAUUUAGCCCGUGCCUUUCAGCCGCCUGAUGCGGUGAAAAAAGACCUCCUGCCACGGCGAGAUGUCUGCUUUGCACAGAGGCCUGGAUUCUGCCCUUUCCUCCUCAGGAGUUCAAACGAGUCACUUCUCUCACACCGUAGAACUUUUGGGUGCAGCAAGGCAAACGCGUUCAGAUGUUUUCGUGUCUUGGGACGUUAUGGGAGGUAGGAGGAAUUGAGUUCCCGGACCUCAGGUGCAAUGCACAGGUCCACGGCAAAGUCUUUCCACCCCAGGAUCCGUGGCCAGACCUUCCUUGUCCAUGCUUCUCAAAGUUCAGGCCACAGAUAUUGUUAACAGGAUCAUUCCAGAGCCCCGUUUUUAAAGGUACGGCACACUGGGCCUUACCCAUGAUUCACUGAAUCAGCGUCUCCGGGCAUGGAUCCCAGGAAUCUGCAUUGUAGCCACCUUCCUGGUUUUUGUUUGUUUGUUUUUUCCUUUGCACGUUAUUAUGUGAGAAAUAGGGCCAGCUGCCACCAGCUUUUAGUCUUAAUAAGGGCUAAGCUCUUAGCUUAGUAUGGACCCUCUCUCAGUGGCUUAUGGAUUGAGCACUCCUGGGUUCCACUCAUAUUAAAGGACAUUAGGAGAGGGUAGUUUAUCUCAUGAUUUACUCGACAAGCAUGAUUCUGAGGGAGUGGGGCGAAGAGUGUUAGAGGUAUCAAGAAAUUUUUAAUCUUGAGUGAGACAGAGACAACAUCUGUACCUUGGCCACCUCUCCCGUCGUGUGUGGGUUUAGUCACUUCUGCUCAUCACACAUCUGAUUAGAAACACAGCCACAACCAGCGAAGCAGUAUUACAAGCUGCUUCUCAGAAGCGCUGGCACUGCCAUUGAUAAUCCAAGCUUUCAGCAAGAGCACACCACAGCCGUUCUGGAGCUUGGGACUCUAAAAUGGCAGAGCAGCUUUCUCCGGGAAAGACGACAGACCAGGUGUGUACCUUCCUCUUCAAAAAGCCUGGUAGACAAAAAGGGGCUGCAGGCUGCAGAAAGCGCCCCGUCUGCAACCGGGAGUCUGGAGACGGCAGCAGCAGCAGCAGCAGUGACGAAGGCAGCACAGUGGUUCGCCCAGAAAACAAGCGGGUGAUCCACAAUCCGAUGAUACAGAAGACCCAUGGUGGUGGUAAACAGAGGGUGGCUGCUCUGUUGAGCAGCAAGGAGGAGGAGACCGAGCCCCAGAGCCUUGGCAUGGUGUACAAGUCCACCCGCUCAGCAAAGCCUGUGGGACCAGAGGAUAUGGGGGCGACUGCAGUCUAUGAGCUAGACACGGAGAAGGAACUUGACGCACAAGCCAUCUUUGAGCGCAGCCAGAAGAUCCAGGAAAAGCUAAGGGGCAAGGAAGAUGACAAGAUCUAUCGGGGGAUCAAUAAUUAUAAGAAAUACAUGAAGCCCAAGGAUACGUCUAUGGGCAAUGCUUCCUCCGGGAUGGUGAGGAAGGGCCCCAUCCGAGCUCCCGAGCAUCUUCGUGCCACUGUGCGCUGGGAUUACCAGCCCGACAUUUGUAAGGACUACAAGGAGACUGGCUUUUGUGGCUUUGGAGACAGCUGCAAGUUCCUCCAUGACCGUUCAGAUUACAAGCAUGGGUGGCAGAUCGAACGUGAGCUUGAUGAGGGUCGCUAUGGUGUCUAUGAGGAUGAAAACUAUGAAGUGGCAAGCGAUGAGGAGGAGAUACCAUUCAGGUGUUUCAUUUGUCGCCAGACCUUCCAGAAUCCAGUUGUCACCAAGUGCAGGCAUUAUUUCUGCGAGAGCUGUGCACUGCAGCAUUUCCGCACCACCCCUCGCUGCUAUGUCUGUGACCAGCAGACCAACGGUGUCUUCAAUCCAGCGAAAGAAUUAAUUGCUAAGUUGGAGAAGCAUCGACCUGCAGAAGAGGGUGGUGCUUCCAACUUCCCAGAAGAUCUAGAUGAGAGUCGAAUCCCCAUUACUUAGUUUUCCCAUUAUUCUCAUACCUCAAAAUAAAUAUUUUGUGCUAAGCAA